AUGGAGGCACCGGCUUCCUCAGCAGAAUUUAUUGCUGCUGCGCCCUCGCAGACAACUAUCAACAAUGCGCCUCUCGCAGCAACCGCCAUCAACAACAUCCUCCAGGGAGCUUCCGUAUGGUCGGUUGCUUUGACUUUGUUUGCUGCCUGUCUCAUCUAUGAUCAAGUGAUGUACAUCUGGCGCAAGGGAAAUAUUGCUGGUUCUAUGUUCAAGAUACCAUUCAUGGGUCCUUUCUUGGAAUCUGUUUAUCCGAAAUUUGAGGCGUAUCAUGCCAAGUGGUACUCUGGGCCUCUUAGCUGUGUGUCGGUUUUCCACAAAUUCGUCGUUCUCGCAUCUACCCGAGACCUUGCCCGAAAGUGCCUCAACUCGCCUAGCUUCGCUCGCCCGUGCGUCGUUGAUAUCGCCAUCAAGCUUCUCCGUCCCACCAACUUUGUCUUCCUCGAUGGAAAACGCCAUGCUGAUUUCCGAAAGGGUCUCAAUGGCCUUUUCACCCGUCGUGCUAUGGAGUCUUAUCUCCCGGGUCAAGAAGCCAUCUAUGAUAGAUACUUCAAGCGAUGGGUCGAGCUCAGCCAAACUGGCAAGCCACAGCCGUUCAUGCCCGAAUUCCGUGAUAUCAAUGUCGCCCUUUCCUGCAUGACUUUCUGCGGAAACUACAUUUCCGCUCAACAAGUCGCUAUCAUCACUGAAAACUACGUUAAUAUUACCGCUGCCUUGGAUCUUGUCAACUUCCCCAUUAUCAUCCCGUUCACUCGUACCUGGUAUGGCAAGAAGUCGGCUGAUUUCGUCCUUGCUACCUUCGAAGACUGUGCCCAGCAAGCCAAGGAUUUCAUGGCGGUGAAGGGGGCCGUCCCAAUGUGUAUCCUCGACCACUGGGUUAAAUCUAUGAUGGACGCUAGGGAAUGGGAACGUCGUGUUGAGGCCGGUGAAGUUGAAAUGAAGUCCCCAGGUGCCCCAUCUAUCAUCCGUGAUUUCACCAACAAGGAAAUCAGCGAGGCCAUGUUUGCUUUCUUGUUCGCUUCCCAGGAUGCCACUUCUAGCGCCACCACUUGGAUGUUCCAGCUUCUCGCCGAUCGCCCCGAGGUUUUGGCCAAGGUCAGGGAAGAGCAGAUGAGAGUUCGUGAAGGUGACAUUUUCAAGCCAACUACCAUGGAUCUUUUGGACAAUAUGCCAUACACCAGGGCCAUGGUUAAGGAGACUUUGAGAUACCGACCUCCAGUUUUGAUGGUUCCUUAUGAGGUUAAGAAGGAUUUCCCGGUCACUGAUACCUACACUGUUCCAAAAGGCUCUAUGGUUGUCCCAACUUUGUACCCCGCUCUUCACGACCCUGAAGUUUACCCAGAACCUGGUACCUGGAAGCCGGAACGCUGGAUCGAUGGCGAUGCUGAGAAGCAGACCAAGAACUGGCUCGUUUUCGGAACUGGUCCUCACUACUGCCUUGGUCAACACUACGCUAUCUGCAACUUGAUGUUUAUGGCUGCCAAGGCCGCUCUUCAUCUCAACUGGGAUCAUUACCCAACAGCAGACUCGGAAAAGAUCAAGAUCUUUGCUACUAUCUUCCCUGAGGAUGACUGCCAUUUGGUCUUCACACCCCGAUCCGAGCUUUACGCUUAA